AUGCCCGUCCCAAAACACAUCGUCAACCAGAUCAAGGCGAUUAUCCCUCCCCUCAAUGGCACCCUGCACAAAGGGCAGUCAGGAAGGGUAGGCGUCCUCGGAGGAGCGAUGGAUUAUACGGGUGCCCCCUUCUUUGCGUCGAUGACGGCGCUCCGUAUCGGAGCGGAUCUCUCGCAUGUCAUUUGCUCGCCCACAGCCGCUGGGGCAAUCAAGUCGUACUCUCCUGACCUCAUCGACUACAUGAUCAAGUACGCCAAGCUCGCCAUCAACCUCGCAAAGGACCGCGGAAUGUACCUCGUCCUCGAUGCGGAUGCGCUCUGGAUGAUCGACCAGGACCUCCCGCUCAUCAAGGGCUAUCGGCGCGCCGUCCUCACCCCCAACGUCGUCGAGUUCAAGCGCCUGAGCGAGAGCGUCAAGAUCGACCCCAGCGUCCCGCCAGAAGAGCGCGCGAUGCAUGUCUCGCGCGCUCUCGGCGGCGUGACGGUGCUGCAGAAGGGCGCCGAGGACAUCAUCUGCACCAACACCGGGAAGGCCAGCAAGGAGCAGGCUGAGCUCAACAAGAUAGACGAGGGGGAGAGUGCGGAGGAGUGUGUCGUCGUUGAUGUUCCCGGGGGGCUGAAGCGCUGUGGAGGACAGGGAGACAUCUUGAGCGGCGCGGUGGGGACGAUGAUGGCCUGGGGCAAGUGUUUCGAUGAUGGGGCGUUUGGAGACGGCUCCAUUCCACGUUCUCGGAUUCCUCUGCUCGCAGCGGUAGGGGGGUCGAUGAUCACGCGCACGGCUUCCAAACGCGCAUUCAGCCGGCUAGGGAGAGGAGUUGUAACGCAAGAUAUGCUUCCAGAACUUGGGGGCGCAUUUGCAGAGGUCUUUGCCUCGGAAGGUGAGAAGGGCUGGGGUGGUAAGUUGUAG